AUGGUGACCGAGGUGGCUUUUGAUACCUCUAUGGGCUCCUUCUCCGUGGAGCUCUACAAUACCCACGCGCCUAAGACAUGCAAGAAUUUUUCGACACUCGCCGAACGAGGAUACUACAACGAUGUGAUUUUCCACCGUAUCAUCCCUAACUUCAUGGUUCAAACUGGUGAUCCCACCGGCACCGGUCGAGGAGGAAGCUCCAUCUACGGCGAGAAAUUCGAGGAUGAGAUUCGCGGAGAACUGAAACACACAGGUGCUGGAAUUCUCAGCAUGGCGAACAGUGGACCCAACACCAACGGCAGUCAAUUUUUUGUGACCCUUGCUCCAACACCCUGGUUGGAUGGAAAACACACCAUCUUCGGCCGAGUCAAGAGCGGCAUGAGAAUCAUCCAGCGCAUGGGACUAGUCAAAACCAAUUCGGAGGAUAAACCAGUUGACGAGUUGAAGAUUAUUCGGGCUCGAGUGGUUGAGGAGGGGACACAGGAGUGA